AUGUGGUCCUUUUCCUCGACCCUCGAUCAGGUCUCAUUCAAGACAUACUUGGUGAUCGGAGGUACAAUCGUCACCUCCUAUGCACUUUGUCGCACCAUCUACCUUCUUUGCUUCCACCCGCUAGCCAAUUACCCUGGGCCAAGACUCGCUGCGGUAUCAAACUUGUGGUACGCCUAUCACUGGCUCUCUGGCCGGUAUCCUUGGGCCAUUGAAAGAGUCCUGGAGGAAUAUGGUGAUGUUGUUCGAAUCGCCCCCAAUGAACUGGUGUUCAUGAAGCCCGAGGCGCAAGUAGAUAUUCUUAUGAGUGGGACCAAGAACAGGCCCACGUUUAUCAAAACCGACUUCCAGCACAUCGGUGGCAAACAUGCCGGAAUCGCAGCGGAUCCGGACGUCGAGAAGCACCGGGCUGUCCGAAAGAUGCUGGCACCUGCUUUCAAUCCCCGCGCAUUGAAAGAGCAGGAGCCAGCCCUGCAUGAGCAUAUUGACCGCUUCAUCCAGCGGCUGAGAGAGCUGGGCACUGCCGAACGGGGAGUGGACAUGAGAGAUUGGUUUGACUGGCUCGCUUGUGACAUUGCCGGCGAUAUGGGUUAUGGCCAUAACUUCCACAAUGUCCGAGAUGGCAAAGCGCAUCUCUUUCUGCAGGCAUUUCGAGGCAUCGGGCUCUGGGGCACUCUCAACCAAGUCAUGCGACGAUUUCCUCUGCUUCACCCCUUAGUCUUUCUUGCACUCCCGCCGCGCAUGGCCGCCAUUCUACCGACCUUGCUGAAGACCAACAAGCAAAUCGUGCGAGACCGGGUGAACAAUCGCGAUAGUCUGAAGCACCCUGACUAUUUUUCUUUGCUACUUCCGAAGAACAAACCCGUCCCAGAGCAAGACUUCCUCGUCGCGCAAGCGAACCAUCUCAUUGUUGGUGGAUUUGAUCCUGACACAAACCUGUUUACUGCUGCAAUUUUCUUCCUCUCCGAACAUCGGGACACUCUCCAGAAACUGCAGACCGAGAUUCGGGAUACUUUUGCCACAUACCAGGAGAUUCAGAACGAAGCGGUGCAGGGGCUUCCCUGGCUCCAUGCGGUGAUCGAGGAAACGCUGCGACUUCACACCAACGGAGCAUUUGGACUUCCUCGCAUCAGUCCUGGGGACACGGUGGAUGGCCACUAUAUUCCAGCCGGGUGCGUGGUGCAGACGGCGGGCUUUGCAGUCACGCACUCGGCGCGGUACUUUCAAAAGCCUCGGGAGUUCCAUCCUGAGCGAUUUCUGCCUCCAAGCCAUCCGGAUUAUGACCGUCUCUUUGAUGCGGACGUCAAGAGCGCAUUCAAGCCUUUCAGCAUGGGCCCACGCGGAUGCAUCGGACAGAACAUGGGAUACAUGCAGGCCCGGAUUCUCUUGGCCAAGAUGAUCUGGGAAUUUGACUGGGAGCUGUUAAAUCAAGGGGAAGUGAACUGGGAGCGGGACUUGCACCUGUACGCCAUCUGGGAAAAGCCACCGGUAAUUGUCCGAUACACUCCGGUCUCCAGACCCAGCGCUGGGGAGUCGAUGACUUAGAGCCAUUGGUCGUGGAAGCAUGUCAUUGUAUAAGACCAUCUAUCUCAAAUGACCCACUGCCGAUGUACUCAUGCGGAAUCAGGAAACUUUUACUGAAGUCCAUUCCAUAUGCGCACGCAAAGGAGGAG